AACCCAAAUGCAAGAGAUGUUGAAGGGUGUAUGUUGCCAACUUUGGUGUAUUUGGCUCGGGAGAAGAGACCCCAGUACCACCAUAACUUCAAAGCUGGCGCUAUGAAUGCACUGAUUAGGGUAUCAUCGAGCAUUAGCAAUGGGAAGUUACUUCUUAAUGUAGAUUGUGAUAUGUAUUCGAACAACUCCAUGGCCAUAAGGGAUGCACUUUGCUUCUUUAUGGAUGAAGAACAAGGCCAUGAGAUCGCAUACGUACAGUUCCCACAGAAUUUCGACAACCUUACUAAGAAUGAAUUAUACGCUUCAUUAAAAGUAAUUAACGAGGUGGAAGCCCAUGGUCUGGAUAAUUAUUGGGGGACCUUAUAUAUUGGAAGUGGAUGCUUUCACAGAAGAGAAGUUCUUUGUGGCAAUAUAUUCAGCAAGGGUUGUAGGAGUGAAAUGAAAUGGGAGGGUAAAAAAGGAGAAGAAAUUGCCAUUCAUGACUUGGAAGAAACUUCAAAGAGUCUUGCAAGUUGUGCAUUUGAAGAGAACACUCAAUGGGGAAAAGAGAUGGGUUUGAAAUAUGGGUGUCCGGUUGAAGAUGUGAUAACGGGGUUAUCGAUCCAAUGCCGAGGAUGGAAAUCAGUGUAUUGCAAUCCAACAAGGAAAGCUUUCUUAGGAUUAAAUGCAACCACAUUGCUUCAGAUACUUGUGCAGCAUAAGAGAUGGUCCGAAGGUAACCUCCAGAUUAUGCUUUCAAAGUACAGUGCUGUAUGGUUUGGGCAUGGAAAGAUUAGUUUAGGCCAUCAACUUGGAUACCUUCGCUACAACUUAUGGGCUGCUAACUGCUGGGCAACACUAAUUUACUCGAUUCUCCCUUCACUUUACCUCCUUAGAGGCACAUCCUUAUUUCCUCAGAUUUCAAGCCGAUGGAUCAUACCAUUUGCAUAUGUUAUAAUUGCUAAGAACAUUGGGAGCUUUCUGGAGUAUAUGUGGUGUGGAGGCACAACGUUAGGUUGGUGGAACGACCAACGUAUAUGGCUUUACCAGAGAAUAACCUCAUACCUAUUUGCCUUCAUCGACACCAUUGUACACUACCUUGGAUACACAGAUUCAGCAUUUGUAAUAACAGCCAAGGUGACCGAUGAAGAUGUGUCCGAACGGUACAAGAAAGAGAUCAUGGAAUUUGGCGGAUCGUCUCCAAUGUUUACCGUACUGGCAACACUAGCAUUGCUCAACUUGUACUGCUUUGCCGGGUUUGUGCAGGCAGCAAUCGCUGGAACAAUUGGCGUUGCAGAAUUUUAUGAGACAAUGUGCUUGCAGAUUCUUCUAUGUGGGUUUUUGAUUGUCAUUAACCUACCAUUGUACGAAGCCCUAUACCUAAGGAAGGACAAGGGGAAGCUGCCAAGCUCUGUAGCAGUUAAGUCAAUGGCAUUUGCUGGAUUUGCUUGUAUAUGUUCUAAAUUUAUAUACUAAACAUGAGGAAAUGGUUUAGACUGAUAAAUGUAGAAUAGGAGCUCAAUUUGUCAUUGAUUGUGCGUAUUUGCAUUAUGCGCAAUAUAUAAGAUCAUAAGAGAGCUGCGAUAUAAAUAAUCGUUGUAAUCAGGACUUUAGUUGCAACAAAUGAACUAUGCUGUAAUGAAGAAGUAUUUAAUUUGUAACUAAAUUCAAGGCAUAGUUCUAAUUCCAUUCAUUGGUAGAGAGCUUAUUAACUCGA